ACAACAACAUCUUCUUUACUGCUGUUAAAUGAUUACCAACAGUCGGCCAGCACCGGCCAUUUUUUGUUAGCUUGAAGGGAAAUUACAACAAAUAUACAUACUACCGUUUAACAUAACCCGUUAAAAACAAAACGUCCUGUUUUUUACAAAUCUAACGUUAACGUUAGCUCAAAUUGUCCGUCUCUGCAACCGGAAGUCGAACGCUGUCCGCCGGCGAUAACUUCCUUCGCCGCAGCGGAACAGCAGCACCCAGACAGUUGCUCAGCUAAGAUGUCGGCGUGUUGCGUGUCCGGCUGUAAGUCGACCUCCGCCGGCGGACUGCAAUUUUUCAAAGUACCCGUCGGGUCGAUGCCGUUUACGGCCAACCGGAGGCGUCUGUGGCUCAGAGCCCUCAAGCGCGUGAACGGCAGCACCAAGGAGCUCGCGCGAAACUCUUUUGUUUGCGGCGCUCAUUUUAAGUCACAAAGAGCCGCAUUGAACCCCGAUAGUCCCGACUUUGUGCCUUCCGUGUUUACGUGCGCUAAACGGAACCGAAAGAAAAAAAGGAAAAGCGUUUAUGGAAGAAGGCAACACCACAAAGCCGAUGUGGAAGAAAAAGCAACACCGCCCGUAGUUGAUUCUCCUAUGAAAAUAGAAACAUUGACUGAGGAGCCCAAGAUGGAAACCACACCUGUCAAACCAAACACAUCAUCCAGCCCACACAAGGCGUCGCCAUUAUUUAAAACCGCGGGGGGCAUCCCGCAACUAGACAAAAGAAGUCCGUUUGUGCUGCUUAAAAAUAUAUAUCGAUCAUCUGGCGGGUAUCAGUGUGAGCAUUGCGAUCAGAGCGUCGCCAGCGUUUCACAGCUCAUGGAACACAGAAAACGGCACAGCUCCUUUGUCUGUGAGAAAUGUGGACUGUCCUUCGAAAGGCACGCCGAUUUCACCGAGCACCAAUGUGUCCCCGAGCCCUUCUUUCUGUGCAACAUGUGUGAUCGGUCUUUCUCUACACGGCCUAACCUGAAGCGCCAUCGGCUGAUGCACGUCAAAGACGGCAGGAAGUGUCCCACGUGCGGCGUGCUGUUCUGUCAACGCCACAAUCACGUUUUGUUCGCGCCACUGCCGCCGUCCAUAACCGAGUACGAAGAGGAUUCCACCGCCACCGGGCCCCAAAAUGCCUACGGCACUGAGCGGGAUCACCAUGCUGAAAGCAGUGUGGCCACCGAGACCCAACGUCCAGCCCCGUGUGCAAAGAUCUCUUCAGAAAUCUUUGUGCCCGUGUUAUGCAAGCCUCCCUCUCAGUCGGGUCCACCGCUGCCGGUAACCAAGGUUACAAGGAAAUCUCCGACCGCGUCGUGUCAUGCAUCCUUCGCUCAGACGCUUCUGCCUCCACAUCCAGAACUUCCACCCUCACUGAAGCUCUUUUCACCAAAGUACCUCACCUCAGCAUUUCUUCAGGUUAAAAGAAAUUAUGAAUAUAUUUUAAGCAAACCAAAAGGUGUCAACAAGACUUGUGAAGGAGAAACCAUGAAAGCGGCCUCUGAUUCCUCCGCAUGAGCGACGUGAUGCACACAUGAAAAAGGACUACUUACAACCUGGAGGUUGUGCUGUAAUCUUAAGGUUUGAGAGUGAGAGAAUAGUAUUGCUUAAAAAAAAGUAAAUUAAUAAUUUAGUUUCAUUGCAAUUGAAACACCUUUUUUUUAAGUUGCCCAUUUUCUAACGAGUGUACUGUUUACUAAGACUUGUGCUUUGUCUGAUAUGAGGGGGAUUUUAACAUUAACCCAGUUUUGGUCAUGCUACUGCCAGUGAGCCCCACCAUUGCGUUCUGCAUGACAUGAAGGGGUCACAUUUUGUUUAUUCCUAAAAUGUUCAGACUGUGAAGAUAUUGCUGCACCUUUUUUCUUUGGCAGUUUGACUCAAUAUGCUCCAGCACCUUGACAGUAAUGCUUAAACUAAUUAUGCUGCUAUUUUUUUAUUUUGUAACAACAUCUGUAUUUAGGUUGCUGCCACUUCCACUAGAUUAUACUAGUUUGGACUGCUGGCUAUAUUAUGUGUUUUGCAGUUUGUAGGAUAACCGAUUAGGUACCCUCCAAACUGCACAUUUCUAUGAAUGACAUCCUUACCUAGCACCGUAUCUGACAAGACUAUUUAAGUCCCUCUGUGUUCUCGUCUAUUGCAGUGAAUGGGAACUGCAUAGAAAGUGUUUAUUUAUUGCCAUAUGUUGCACACGAAGUUACAUUUUAAAAUACAAGCUCCCAAUUUUUAAACAGUGAAUAAAAAAACUUUACAGAU